CGUUUUGAUUCCAAACGAAGAAGUUAUGACCAAAUUAGAGUUGGUACGGUCGUUAUUUCAAUAACGAAGUCUAUACUUCAAAAUGACAUAUCUCACUUGUUUGAAAAUCCAAACUUAGUUCCGUAAAAUUCUACGUGAUCGUGGAAGAAUUUUCUAACUUGUGAAAUCGGGAUUUGUUCUAAAUAUCUGAUCCAUCAUUCCAGAAUAUUCGUCAUUUUCAUAAACCAUUCGUUGAGGUCGCAAUUUCUUCGAGUAUGGUUGAAAUUCUUGAUUCCUCAUCAAACCGAAUUGAUUUAUAUAUUGCCCGAGGUUUGGGAUGUUACAAAACUGCUUAUGUUACUUGGUUGUCAAAUGUGGUCUUCGUGCCAAAGCCGUCAGGAGAUUGGAGGAUGUGCGUGGACUAUACGAGCCUCAAUAGAGCGUGCCUCACGGAUGCCUACCCGAUGCCCCGAAUAGACCAGCUGGUGGAUUACACGGCAUAUCAUGAGAUGCUAAGAUUUGCAGACAUGUUCUCCGGGUACCAUCAAAUUCCCAUGGCAGAGGAAGACCGGUCAAAGACGGCUUUCAUGACGCCCUUCGGGAACUUUUGCUACCGGGUCAUGGCAUUCGGGAUAAAAAAUGCGGGCGCCACCUAUCAGAGAAUGGCCAGCAACGUCUUCCGCAAACAAAUCGGCCGUAAUGUGGAGGCCUACGUGGACGACUUGAUAGUCAAAAUUCGUAGGCGUGAGGAUCACCUGGAAGACUUGCGGGAAACGUUCCAAGCUAUGCGGGCGCACAGGCUUCGCCUCAACCCCCUCAAAUGUGUGUUCAACACCGAAGCAGGGAAAUUUUUGGGAUUCAUGAUCACUAAGCGAGGCAUCGAAGCCAACCCGAAGCAGGUGGACGCUAUCCCCAGGCUGACACCCCCAAAGACGCCCAAAGAGGUGCAAGGCUUGGCAGGAAGGUUAGCGGCCCUUGGGCGCUUCAUCCCACGGUCCGCAGAUAGAGCCGCUCCUUUUUUCCGGACGCUCAAGAAGGCGGUGCGUUUUCAAUGGAAUACUGAGUGCGAUGGGGCGUUCGAAGAAUUGAAGCAACUCCUAGCCGCCUCGACCUUAAUGACGGUGCCCAAGGCGGGGGAGACGCUGUACCUUUAUAUCGCCGUAUCAGAAGUCUCAGUAAGUGCAGUCCUCGUCUCAAGGGAGGCCCCCUCUGGAGAAGACAAACUAGUAUACUAUGUCAGUCGUACCAUGGUCGCCCACGAAAGGCGAUAUGCACCCAUCGAAAAGGCCGCAUUGGCAGUUGUGAUGGUCGCGGCCAAGCUGAGGCCCUACUUCCUGGCACACACCAUCGUAGUACUCACCAACCUUCCGUUGAAGUCCACAUUGGGGUCAAUGGAUGUGGCUGGGCGCCUUGACAAAUGGGCGGUCCAGCUAAGUGAGUUCGACAUUCGGUAUUCGCCCCGACCGGCGAUAAAAGCCCAGGUCUUGGCAGAUUUUGUUGCGGAAGGAGUAGUAGAGGCAGAGCGGGGGGUAGAUGACUGUUGGCAAGUUCAGGUCGAUGGGGCGGAAAGUCGCAUUGGUGCCGGGGCAUGCAUCGUGAUUAUAAGCCCAGGAGGCGCAAUGCAUGAAGUUGCAUCGUGAUUUUAAGCCGGCAUGAGCAUGGCCAAGGAGUUGGGCGUCCAUAAGGUCCAAAUCAGGUCCGAUUCGGCCCUCGUCGUUAAUUAGCUCAACGGAGUCUUUGAGGUAAAGGAAGAGGCACUGGAAGGGUACGUACGAAGAGUUCGAGAGAUGGGAGCCUGGUUCGGGGAAAUCUCCUUUGUCCACGUCCCACGAGAAGAGAAUGCCCAUGCAGACACCUUAUCAAAUAUAGCGACCGCAGUGGACUUCGCGAAAGAGAGGAAAGUCAUUGUCACCGCCGAAGCGCCCCAUGAAAAUCUUGUCGCUGCCCUAUGCGAUGUGGGCGCCACCUCCGGUUGGAUGGCACAAAUUGAGUUAUUUUUUACCCAAGCCGUGGUGCCUGAAUACCGAAAGAAGCCUGGCGGCUCCGCCAAAAAGUAGCACGAUGUUCCAUAAUCGUGGAAAAAUUGUACAAGAGGUCUCAUGCGGGAGCAUACUUGAGAUGCCUGAACGAAGAAGAGAGUAGGGGGCAAUUGAGGUGGUCCAUAGCGGAACGUGCGGCAUGCACGCAUGGGCACGAAGUCUAGAGAAGACGCUGCUCAUGCAAGGUUUUUACUGGCCAACGAUGAGAAGGGAUGCAAGGGCACAUGUUGAUGCCUGCCACCAGUGCCAAGUUCACGCCAACGACAUUCACAUCCCGGCGGCGCCCAUGAAAGGCAAUUUGGGCGCCUGGCCAUUUGCUCAAUGGGGCAUGGAUCUCCUCGGCCCUUUCCCCAAGGCGCCCCGGCAGAUGAAAGAUAGUUGCAGUCGAUUACUUCUCCAAAUGGAUCGAGACAGAACCUUUAGCCACAGUCACAGAAGCCCAGGUGCGAAAGUUCACCAAGAAGAAUAUAUUCACUCGAUUCGACUUGCCUGACUCCAUUGUCCCGGACCAUGGAAAGCAGUUCGACUGCAAGAAAUUUGUGGAGUUUUGCGAUGACAAUUGCGUCGUGUUAAGAUUUUCUUCGGUGGCUUACCCACAAGCGAACGGUCAAGCGGAGGCAGCCAACAAAAGUAUCCUCCACGGGUUGCACACCCGGUUAGCAGGCGCCAAGGGUAAAUGGGUUGAGGAGCUACCAAAUGUCUUGUGGGCACACCUCACAACUUACAAAACUGCCACCGGGGAAACACCUAAAUGGGUUGACCUACGGUAGCGAGGCAGUUAUCCUAGCGGAAGUCAACAUUCCAAGUUACCGUGUUGUACAUUAUGACCCAAGCAGCAAUGACGAGGCGCGAACCAGCGAAUUGGACAUGGCAGACGAGUUAAGGGAGGUGGCAGCAAUCCGCCUGGAAAAAAUGAAGCGAAAAGUGGCCUGAUACUACAACAAGAAGAUGUGUGCCCAUGGCAUCCGUGAAGGCAUCCUGGUCCUCAAAUGUGAUUUUUGUCCAGAUGCCCGCAAGGGAAAAUUGGCACCGAAAUGGAAAGGCCCAUAUCGAGUCCGGGAGGGGGUAGGACCCGGAACCUUCAAGUUAGAACAUACUGGCGGCAAUGUGGUGAAAAGAACAUGGAACGCACAAAACUUGCGAAUUUACCGAGAGGGCACUGCACCAGGGGAGGGCGCCUCCACUUGAACACAGUCAGUGAUGAUACAAGGCAGUAGUAAUUGUAAGUGUUUGUUUAUGUGGUAAGCAAGUGUGUAAGCGCGUUCGUAUUGUGACUAAAGCGCCCAUAGUAAUAGCGCCGCAUCGUGUCCAAAGCGCCCAGUGUUAUAGCGCCCCCAAUAGUGACUUCUUGUUACAUCCGCGAUUUUGUACUAGUGAUAUAGUGCCCCCAAUAGUGACUUCAUGUUACAUCCGCGAUUUUGUACUAGUGAAAGCGCCCAACUUUGCGCCCAAUGAUUCAGAAUGCUUGUGUGGAAAUUAGUCGCACUCAUGACUCGAACGACAAGAGAAUACCUAUUAAAGCGCCCAAUGAAUG